AUGGAUUCCUCGGACACGGGCGAGACGAGCACCCCGCUGGCGCUGUCGGCGACGUCGAGCGGCGACCUGUCGGCGGUGAACGGCACGGCGACCCCGACGGCCGCCGACGGCGGCGACCCGCUGCUGGUGUCUGCGGCGAUGACGGCGCUGUACGUGGCCAUCCUGGCGGCGGGGCUGGUGGGCAACGUGAGCACGUGCGCCGUGAUCGCGCGCAGCCGCCACCUGCACACGGCCACCAACUACUACCUGUUCAGCCUGGCCAUCAGCGACCUGCUGCUGCUCGUGUCCGGGCUGCCGCACGAGCUGUACAACAUGUGGGUGCAGCCGUACGCGCUCGGCCAGGCCGUGUGCGUGCUGCAGGGCUUCGCGGCCGAGACGUCGGCCAACGCGUCCGUGCUCACCAUCACCGCCUUCACCGUCGAGCGCUACGUGGCCAUCUGCCACCCGUUCCAGGCGCGCGGUCUCUCCCAGCUGUCCAGGGCCGUCAAGCUGGUCAUCGCCGUCUGGUGCGUCGCCCUCUGCCUCGCCGUGCCGCAGGUAACGCCUCUCCUUAUAUCUACAUCUGGCUAA